AUUUCGAAUGAGGUCGGCUAUGGAUCAUUUGGACGCGUGUACCGAGCGAUUGCGAAGAAUGAUAGCAGAGGAAUCUAUGCGCUCAAGAUCCAGCACAAGUCGUUAAUCCUUGGGAAAGCGGCCGUUCAGCAGGUGAAACGAGAAGUUGCCGUCCAGAGGCUUCUUUCACCGUAUAUUUUUAUUGCUCGACUUUAUGCUUCGUGGCAAACCCGAUCAAAGCUCUUCACUGUACUGCAGUAUCCUAUCGGAGGUAUGGGAGAUAUGUUUUCCUUGUGGAAGGAACAUGGUAUCUUGCCUGAAACGAGUGUCCGCAUUUAUGGGGCUGAACUCGCUUUAGCACUAAACUUUCUUCAUAAUAACGAAGUCAUUUAUCGGGAUCUGAAGCUCGAAAAUAUCGUGUUGGAUUCGAUUGGACAUGUGAAAAUAGUCGAUUUUGGAUUGGCGAAACGGUUGAAAAAUGGCGAACAAACGAACACCAUCUGUGGGACAUUACAGUACAUGUCACCAGAUGUGGCCGCAGAGGAGCAUUACUCUCAUUAUGUCGACUGGUGGUCACUUGCUGUUGUCCUUCACAUCCUUGUCACUGGAAAGUAUCCGUAUCCAAAUGCCAAUGCCACUCAUCAUUGUCAUCUGAGAUUCGUCGAUUACAGUACUCCGUUGAACUGCAGUGAAGCGCUGGGAGACUUAUUUGAUCAGAUGUUGGCGUUUCCAUCAUCAACACGAUUACGGUCUUUUGAAGCGCUUCGGAAUCACGAAUUCUUUAAAAGCACCGACUUUGACGAUGUAGAAGCUCUUAAGUGCAAUCCUUUGGCUGACGUGCUGAACAAUGGUAAAACAACACUCGAGCCAGAAGUGGCUGACUGGGACGCCGAAGAGAAUUUCGAAUGUUUCAAUGAGAAUUACGAGGUGAGCUCUGUGUACGAUAUUGAAGUCGGUUUAUUCAGGCAUACUUAUUCAUCAAAAGCACAGUGGUGGAAGAAGGGUUGUUGCCGUUGUUGUUGUUAUUGA